AUGACUAUUCACUCAGAUAUGCCCCGGUAUGUCUUGCUGCUGGAGCCAGUGCUGUUCCCAGACCCAGGCAAGAGCAAGGCUGCCAGGGUCUUGGAGCCUCUGUUUAUCGGGUACCAGUUCAGAGCUGUCUCAAAAAAAAAAAAAAAAAAAGAGAAAGAAAAAAGAAAAGCAUCUUUGCUGCCACCAGUCCACUAUCUUUGCACUCACCCUCUGCCAUGCCCAUCCUUGUCCCCCUCCCCACUCACAGACACGUCCAACAACAGCCCUGAGUAUGCUUUAGUUUUCACCAUCUUGGGUGCUAUGGCCACCAUGGUCUCCAGUGGCCUGGGUGCUGCCUACGGCAUGGCCAACAAUGGCACCGGCAUCAUGGCCAUGUCUGACGUGUGGCCAGAGCCGAUCAUGAAGUCCAUCAUCCCAGUGGUCAUGGCUGGUAUCACCACCAUCUAUGGCCUAGUGGCGGCUGUCCCCACUGCCAGCUCCCUGAAUGAUGACAUCAGCCUCUACAGCAGUUUCCUCCAGCUGAGCGCUGGCCUGAGUGGCCUGGCAGCCGGCUUUGCCAUCAUCGUCGUGGGGGACACUGGCAAGUGGGGCACUGCCCAGCAGCCCUAACUAUGUGUGGGCAUGACACUGAUCCUCACCUUUGCCAAGGUGCUCAUCCUCUCCACAAAGCAGCCCCUCUCAAAACCCACCAGUCACAGAAGACGAUGUAAAGAGCACCCCUCCUCGUUCCGGAACAAACAGCCUGACACGCCUGUGCCGGGCAGCUGGCCCUCAGGAGUUGGUCUUCUAAGUGUACGGUGUCCUGGAGCUCGUCGUCUGUUGGCUAGGCCUUGCCCCCUCCUGCCCCAUGCUGUGGACACCUGAGCCUACUCAUCACCCAUCCAGGUCCCUGACCAGUGAGGACUCAGGCCCCUGGAUGCCCCACCCGUCUCCCUUGAGUGCUCUAUGUAUAAGGAUGAAUUAGAGUUGUCAUUCUCUCUUCACUGGGUAUUUAUAAAGCUUUGGCCUGUCCAUGCCCCUGCGGAGCAGCCCUUGUCUCCCAACUCUCUAGUAACCUUCAGGUACAGUGUCACCUCACGGAGGUUCCCAUUGCUGAGCCUCCUGGGAUGGACCACCCUCUCCAGCCCGGGCUAACAGGCCCAGUGCGGUGGCUGUGUCUGAUAAAGUUCUCAGAUGUCGGGGGAGGAAAAAAAAGAGAGAGAGAGAGAGAGUGUGUGUGUAAGAAAGAGAGAGAAAAUGGGAGUGGGUGUGUGAGCUGGAGAUAGGGAAGUGGCAGGAAAAGUCUGAUAAGAUCACCUCCUCCUUCCUACCCAGGCAGAGAUACUGGACACAGCCCCCCAAGGACCCAAAGGGUAAGUAGAGAGCCAGAUGCCUGCCUUUCUCAAUGGGAGGUGGCCCUCCCAGGCCUGAAGAAGUCUCCAUUUACCCCAGAGCCAGCUAGGAAGCAGGUAGGUAGCACCAUCCCCAAGCACCCAGGUGCCUGGGAUGAACAGCAGGCCCAAAGCCAAAGCAUGAGACAGAUUAAAUGUUCCUACGGCAGGAGGAGGAGAGCAGGGGUCACCAGCAUCUCUUCAAUGAGCAAAUGAAAGGAAGAGAGAAGGUAGACUGAUACCCUCAUCAAUAUCCUACUGUCCGUGACAUACCAUCAUCAACCGGACUUUUCUUUUUUUUUUGAGACAGAGUCUCGCUUUUGUUGCCCAGGCUGGAGUGCAA